GGGGGAGGAAGCCGUGGUAUACGGCAGGAGCGAAACACUUUUAUAGAUGCAUUUGUUCAUCGAUUUCUAUUUCAAUUUGAAACAUAAGAGUCUUGAUAGACUUCUUUUGGCAUCAUCUGGAGCAAAUUGUAUGCACAGAUACAAUAUGUCUUCGAGUCAGCCUGAAUCACAGGUGAGAGCUGGAGCCGACCGCAUGGGCUACGGACCCGAUGGAAUUAGGCCUGGUUCUGCAGCAGCUGAUCAUAUGUCCUCAGAAGCAAAACUGCAUGGUGGCAAAAUCCCAUCAGGAAGCCCGGUCUCUCAUAUGCAGUCCUCCGGGAGCAAGGGCCAAAGCUCUAAAGGCGGAAGCAAGGGCCAAAUCACAGAAAGACACAAUAAGUCUUCGAGUCAGCCUGAAUCACAGGUGAGAGCUGGAGCCGACCGCAUGGGCUACGGACCCAGUGGAAUUAGACCUGGUACUGCAGCAGCUAAUCAUAUGUCCUCGGAAGCAAAAAGGCAUGGUGGCAAAGUCCCAGCGGGAAGCCCGGUUUCAAAGAUGCAGUCCUCCGGGAGCAAGGGCCAAAGCUCUAAAGGCGGAAGCAAGGGCCAAAGCUCUAAAGGCGGAAGCAAGGGCCAAAGCUCUAAAGGCGGCGGCGGUGGCGGACGUAGGAAGUAGACUGGACAUUCGGGACUGGUCAAGAUAUCAAUGGUUGAUCGAGGCGAACUAAAUAGUCAUUAAAAAAACAUUAUUGACGUACAAUUAUUAUUUUGAUUCCAAUUUCAUCCCAUCAUGCCUGUACCCAUGUUAAGUAGCAUAAGCCUAGUAGGUGUGGGGUGGAGGGGUUCAAGGAGGACCAGCUAGCUCCUCCAUUGAUUGUUGACGACUAAACAUAUAUCUACAUUUGCUGGCUGUAUCUGACGUGCAUGUCACCCACGUUCGGUCUUCGCCGCCUUAUAAAAAAAAACCUCAUAUGAUUGACGCCUCGGAGUAGGCUAAGUCUAACGCUAAUAAAAAAUGCAUUUAAAGGAGGUUAUUUUUAUUCAAGGAACUCCAGUCUACUCAUUAUUUUCCCUGAAUUUUAAAGGAAUAAAAGUAGCCUUUAAAAAUUUGCAAAGUUUCCCCAGGUUUUCAUUGGCGAAAUGAUAGCAAAGGUGAUGAUGAUGAUGAUGAUGAUGAUAAUGAUGAUUUAUUGUGCAGUGCUCUACUUUCAAUGUUGCUCGCCGAAAAAUUUAAUUUCUUUCUUAUUAUCCUUCGUUUCAUGAUGUUUUUCUUUCUAGAACGUUGUCAUUUCGAAAAGUGCACCAAUUGCGGCAUUAUAAAUGACGGCACGGAGGCCAAAUACCCUUUAAUUUCCAAUAUCAAAAUAUGUCUUUCAAUGUGCAAAAACAAGUAUAUGUAUUCGUAUUCGUGUAAAAUGUAAACGAUAAGGCCUACAGCUAUUGUGUAAUUGCAGUAAUGACGUUUAAUUGGUCCUUCAGUUAAUAUUAAAAUAUGACCUUUAAUGUACAGUACAAAUUGUUUCAUCCUUACCCUGUCUGUUUGAUUUAAUUCUAAUAAAAUGUCCGCAAAUUUGAAAAACACUUGUUAUCAUGUACAAAACCAUGCGAUUGGGCCUACCCAUUUGUAAAGAGUAAAAGAUUAGAAUGAA